AUGGUGGUAAAUUCAGUUUCUGGAAAGAAAGUAGCUGACAUCAAUGGACAAGCUGAGAAAUCUGCAAAGAGGAAGAGGAAGAAUCAGUACAGAGGGAGGGAUCAAGCUCCGAUAACUCCUGAGAUCUCUUCUGCAUUUAUCAAUAACAACAAUAGCACUGGUCUAUUCGUGGAGGAAGCUAAUCCAGCUAAGAAGCUCAAGUCCUUGGAUUUCGAGACACCUUACGACAACACUGAAUGGGACCCUUCACUUGCUUUCCUCAGCGGAGAUGAUGUGGUGGCUCAGGACAAUGGUGUAAACCCUAUGGAUCUGUGGAGCAUCGAUGAGAUUGAUUCUAGAUUGGACGAGUCUUCUGAAGAGAGAUCCAUUUUCAUGAUUUGCUGUUGCGGAAUGGUCAUAACAUAUGUUGACCGUGCAGGUGCUGCAGCCAUGGAAGAGCUUGUGCAGCAGACUCGCGAGGUUUUAGCGGGUAAGCCUCUGACUUGUAACAUCUUCAGUCAGCAGCUUUUAGGAAUUGCAAUCGGAGAGGAAUGCCUGGAAAGACAAUGGAACCACAGCAGGCUUCCAGUGUCUAGAAGAAAGAGAUUUGUUUGCGACGGCGUCAUAGAGCUGAGGGAGAAAAAGAGAAUUUCCCAACGGAGUUUGUGCAGGCCGUAUCACAUCGGAGUUCGGAGUGAGAAACUUCGUCGGUUUAUAUGGAUGUUUGGCGUGGGCUGA